AUGAAGACUCAGAGGAACAGCCUCUCCUGGGGGUGCUGGUCACUGUUGCUACUGGUGGUGGGCCUGGCAAUGCCUCCAGCCACUGGCCAGGCCCUCAGCUAUCAGCAGGCCGUGCUCCUUGCUGUGCAGGGCUUCAACCAGCGCUCCUCCGAAGCUAAUCUCUACCGCCUCCUGGAGCUGGGCGCCAAGCCCGAGGGGGAUGAGAACCCAAACACCCCAAAGCCUGUGAGCUUCACAGUGAAGGAGACUGUGUGCCCUCGGACGACGCGGCAGCCACCUGAGGAGUGUGACUUCAAGGAGAAUGGGCUGAUAAAAGAGUGUAUAGGGACAGUCGAUCUGGACCCGGCCAAAGGCUACUUUGACAUCACCUGUGACCAGCUCAAGGAUGUCUCACUGGGCGGUUUGCUCAAGAAAGGUGGACAGAUUAUCGGUAAAAAAAUUGAGAAAAUCGGCAAGAGAAUCAAGGACUUUUUUACGAAUACUGAGUCCAUGGAAGAGGCCAAAAGUGUCUAAUUUGCUCCAGCUCUGGCUUCUGGACUCUGAAAAAUAAAGUCUUGUGAAAGCAAGUUUCU